AUCCAAAAAACAAACAGAGCUCACCUCCCUCUUUGUCUUUUCACUCACCCUCUCAAACUCAUUAACAGAUAUUUUUUGGUAUCGAGCGGUUCAAUGGCUGAUUCAUUGAGUUUGCCUAUAGCCCCCAUUGCUGCCAAUUAUGAUCACUCUUCCUUGCUUUCUCGAAACUCCGCUUUCUCUUCACGUUUACUGCCUUUUAAGUGCUUCUCUUCCGGUAAGAACAAGUUGAAUUUGUCGUCUCUGGGUCAAUACUCCUUCCACUCGCUCCACCACCGAGUCGCCCCGAUUCGUGCUCUCGAUUCAGACGUUCCUCACCCGCUUCACAAGGGAUCGGUAGAUUUUAAGAGUAAAAAGAGCUAUGAGCAAUGGGAUUCAUUGACAUCAACGUUUUCAGGAGCUGCAAAUAUACCAUUUUUAUUGCUUCAAUUGCCUCAGAUCAUCCUCAACGCACGCAAUCUUCUGGCAGGAAAUAAGACUGCCCUUUUGGCAGUACCAUGGCUGGGAAUGUUGACUGGUUUACUUGGAAACCUUUCAUUGCUUUCUUACUUUGCCAAGAAAAAGGAAAAGGAGGCUGCUGUGGUGCAAACACUAGGAGUGCUAUCAACAUAUGUGGUGAUUAGUCAGCUUGCGAUGGCAGAAGCUAUGCCUCUCCCUCACUUUAUGGCCACUUCGGUUGUUGUGGGUUCUGGACUCAUUUUAAAUUUGUUGAAUUACUACAAUAUACUCAACAGAAGAAUCUGGCAAAUUUGGGAAGAUUUUAUUACUGUUGGUGGACUUUCUGUGCUUCCCCAGAUAAUGUGGUCCACAUUUGUCCCAUACAUACCCAAUAGCAUCUUGCCGGGGGCAAUAGCAUUUAUUCUAGCUGUAGCAGCUGUAACUAUGGCACAUACGGGCAAACUUUCAGAGAAAGGUGUGAAAUUCGUGGGAGCUAUCUCUGGAUGGACAGCAACUCUUCUUUUCAUGUGGAUGCCGGUUUCACAAAUGUGGACAAAUUUUCUGAAUCCUGAUAAUAUUAAAGGCCUAUCAGCGAUUUCAAUGUUGCUUGCUAUGACUGGAAAUGGACUUAUGAUCCCCCGUGCACUAUUCAUUCGUGAUUUUAUGUGGUUCACUGGUUCUACUUGGGGGACAGUCUCUUAUGGUUACGCGAAUAUUGUAUGCUUAUACAUCUUCAACUCUAUCGGCCGGGAAUUCUUCAUUGCAGCAACAGUCGGUUUAAUUUCAUGGCUAGGAAUAACACUCUGGAGAGACACCGUUGUGCAUGAAUACGAAUCGCCAAUACGAACUUUGAAAGAGUUGGUUUUUGGAUCAUAAGUCGAAGACAGUACCACAAGCUGGAAUGAUACAAAAACGACCUGGUUGCGUGAUCAUAUAUCCCUUUUGCCCGGAUCUGAAUCCGGUUUGCAGCCGGAUACUCUGCCAACUAGAAAGCUAUCCAAAACUGUAUUACGCUGUUAUAUAAAUUUUGACACGUUAAUAUAUUCUUAUCGUGUUUUUGUUAUCUUUUUUCCUUUUUUGUAUCUAAUGUUAAGUAGGUUUAAGUCUAACAAAUAGAAAGAUCAUUUGUACUUAGUACUGGGAUAGAAUUAAGGAUGGGGAUAAUACAAUUCUGUAAUAAUAAAAAUAAUAAUUGGUAAUGGAGAAGCUUUAUUCUUGGCACA